AUGGUUGUCGCAUCUCGACGUAAGCUAGCUCAAUCCCAAAAGUACUGCUACAACUGUCUUGCGCUCACACAUUCGGUAUACGAAUGUAAAAGUAAAGUGUCCUGUGACAAAUGUGGUAAACGACACCAUAGUUUACUGCACUUUACUUCACAAAAACCCACCCCUCCCGAUACAAGAUCUUAUUGGCAACCCAACACUUCUUUAAGUACCAUUCCCAUACAGUCCACUUCUAUUACUCAGCAACAACCAUCCAUUAGUUCAGGAAAAGAUGUUUCAUCUGAUUCUUCAACUCUUCAAAGUUUUCUGGUAAACCAGAAAAGGAAUAUUUUGUUAGCAACAGCUUUGGUUAAAAUUACUGCUCAUAACCAAACAUUUCUCCUGAGAGCUUUGAUCGACCCUGGUUCUGAAGCUACAUACAUUUUGCAAUCUGUAGUGAACCGAUUUAAGCUUUUCACCCGUUCAACCAAUGCGUCUAUUUGUGGCAUUGGAGAAGUUCAAAGUGAAUUUUCAACGAGUAUGUGUCCUCUCACUCUCGAAUCUCGCAUCAACCCUGAUGUACACAUUCCCAUUGCAGCUGUUGUUUUGAAAAAGCUGACAGGUAAUUUGCCAUCGCAGACUGUUGACGCAUCAAACUUGGUUGAGCUCAAAAGAUUGCGAUUGGCAGAUCCUAAUUUUGAUAAACCCGCUUCUAUAGAUAUGUUGAUAGGAGCAGAUAUUUACCCUCUUAUUUUAUGUGAAGGUAUAAAGAGAGAAUAAGACCUUUCUCCAAUUGCACAAAAUACGG